UGUCUGACAGUACCGAGGACAGAAGAAGAGGAGGAAGACCGAGAGUGACGGCAGACACAUUCUUCUGAGGUUUGGACGCACCGGGGAACUUUUUGUCCAUGUCACCGGCAGACCUGACGCCAGGACAGCCAUCAGCCUGCAGCAGAGCUCUUUGCCUUUCCACGGAUUAAUUUAACUAGCCUGGGAUUCCACAGCCUGGUUAUGGAUUUUAACCUUCUGACGGACGGUGACCCCCGCAGCCCGGCGCUGUCGCUCUCAGACUCCGGGACCCCGCAGCAUGACCCGGGAUGUAAAGGCCUGGACCAGAGCGGAACAGGGCGUGGCACAGAUUCCCCCUAUGUUGAUGAGACAGAUUCUUGGGUGUGGUUCAAGAACCGGCGUGCCAAGUGGAGAAAGCGCGAGAGGAACCAGCAGGCAGAGUUAUGCAAAAAUGGCUUCGGUGCCCAAUUCAAUGGACUCAUGCAGCCCUAUGAUGACAUGUACACGGGUUAUUCCUACAACAACUGGGCCACCAAGAGCCUAGCAGCAAGCAGCCCACUCUCUGCCAAGAGCUUCCCAUUCUUUAACUCAAUGAAUGUAAGCCCCCUGUCAUCCCAGCCCAUGUUCUCCCCACCCAGCACCAUCCCCUCCAUGAACAUGGCCUCUAGCAUGGUGCCCACAGCAGUAGCUGGAGUUCCUGCUACGAGCCUCAACAACCUGGGCAAUCUCAACAACCUCAACAGUCCCUCAGCACUCAACUCGGUAGCAGUGACCGCCGCCACCUGCCCCUACGCCACCACAGCCAGUCCCUACAUGUACAGAGACACCUGUAACUCCAGCCUGGCCAGCCUGCGGCUCAAGGCCAAGCAGCACACCAAUUUCGCCUAUCCAGCAGUGCAGAACCCCGUGUCCAACUUGAGCCCCUGUCAAUAUGCUGUGGACCGGCCAGUAUGAACUAGAAACUGUGACUCAGUCAACCAGCUGUAAACUCACUGCUACCCCACUUCACAUCUCCUUAGUUCCAUCUGUAACGUGCCCGACGCACAGCAGACUGCCAGCUUGUGUUCAUGGCACACAAUAAGAGUUAUCACCACAACUGACACAACAAAUAGACGUGUUCAGAUGGACCACUGCGCUUUGUCGCUGAACUGACCAACUGCUUCAAAUGAUUUUUAAAUAUUAUUGUUCCUUUUCAUUUUUGCCUUCUUUUGAACUGCAUGAUUAGAAUAAAUGUAGAAACCAAGGCUAAAGAAAACAAAGAUGCUGCAACUGGACGGCUGCUGGCCCACAAAAGCCUCUGAGCUGCAGUCUUCGCUGCAAACACAACUGGAAGAUGUAUAUAGUUGAAUUUUUCUGUUUGUUUUGUAUGUGAAAAAUACAUCAAAUGUAGUACGGAUGACAGGAGCAUGUUCUACAAAUACAAAGGCCUAGUUUGAUGUUCUAUGAGCACAUUCUUUAAGAACUUUAUUGUGAAUUCCUCGACCGUUGAAGGAUCAUAGGUCAAAGGUCGGCUUGGAGAGGUGACAGGAGGUUAGUCCUGAAAUACGACCUCGGAUUUAAACAAACAAACACACACACAUGCACCAGAAUGAGCAAGAAGUUUCAAGUAAAUAUAAAAAGCCAUUGAGUAUAUAGAUUUGUGUGGUGUUAUACAAAGAAAGUCCAUGACUGUAAACAUGUAUGUAAGAGUGCAGUUGUCAUAACAGAAAACCAAACAAAAAACAAGCGAGCUUUCUUCCUGGUGUAGCUUUGUCUCAUUCAUGAACCAAUUAA